GGAGGAAGGGAGUGGUAGGGGUGGAAGAGGCCAUAUAUAGCAUUUGCUCAAGCCUAAAUUUGGACAGAGUUUGCUCUAUUUGUGAAACGGAGGAGAAACAAGGCACACAACUUCUAAGACAAGGGGAGGCAUCAGUGAGAUAGCUACAAUGUCAGAACCAGCGGCCAUUGAGAAGAAGAAAAUUCCAGCUGGUAUGAGUGGGCGAAGGGCUGUCCCACCCAAUGUUUCCAAUGAAGAAGAAGAUGAAGUACCUGAAGUAGAGACAAUUGGUGUGAUACCAAGGGGAUUUAAGAGAACAGAUAUUCUGGAAGUCCAAGCAGUCCAGGUAUUCAGCCGUGAAUAUGAAAUUAAUAAGAAGGAGCACCACACAGACAAAUACUACAAUUUCAAACUGAUUGUGCGCCGAGGACAGACUUUCCACAUUCAGAUUACGUUCACUCGUGCAUACAAUCCAGAGAAGGACCAAUUCUGGAUUGAAUACCUUAUAGGGCGAUACCCACAACAAAACAAAGGCACUUACAUCCGCGUUCCUUUGGUUCAAGAGCUGGAAAGUGGGAAAUGGGGUGCUAAGAUCACCCACAAGGCCAACACUUCUGUGGCCCUGAAUAUUAUGUCAGCUGCAGACUGCAUUGUGGGAAAAUUCCGCAUGUAUGUUGCAGUGCUGACUCCAAUGGGCAUUCUCAGAACAAGACGAAACCCAGACACCGAUACUUACAUAUUGUUCAAUCCCUGGUGUAAAGAGGAUGCAGUGUUUAUGGAUGAAGAAGAAGAAAGGCAAGAGUAUGUCCUGAAUGACCUUGGGGUUAUUUUCUAUGGGGACCCUGAAAAUAUACGAUCAAGGAGCUGGAACUAUGGUCAGUUUGAAGAGAAUAUUUUGGAUGCUUGCCUAUACUUGAUGGACAGAGCACAACUGGACCUUUCUGGCCGAGGGAAUCCUAUAAAAAUCAGUCGUGUUGGCUCUGCUAUGAUCAAUUCUCAAGAUGAUAAUGGUGUGAUUACUGGGUCCUGGGACAACAUUUAUGAAUAUGGAGUACCACCAUCAUCCUGGACAGGAAGUGUAGACAUUCUAUUGGAGUAUUAUAGUACUAAGGAGCCAGUGCGAUAUGGGCAGUGCUGGGUCUUUGCUGGCGUUUUCAACACAUUUUUGAGGUGCCUAGGAAUUCCUGGACGGGUCAUCACUAACUAUUCUUCAGCUCAUGAUAAUAAUGCCAACUUACAGAUGGAUGUGUUUGUGGAUGAACAUGGAAAGGUGGAUUCCAAACUCACAAGAGAUUCAAUCUGGAACUAUCAUUGCUGGAAUGAAGCUUGGAUGUCUCGACCUGACCUUCCUGUUGGUUUUGGUGGCUGGCAAGCUGUAGAUAGCACCCCUCAAGAAAACAGUGAUGGCAUGUAUCGGUGCGGUCCAGCUUCUGUUCAAGCCAUCAAGCAUGGGCAUGUCUGUUUCCAGUUUGAUGCACCUUUUGUUUUUGCAGAGGUGAACAGUGAUGUUAUAUAUUCAAAAGCAAUGAAGGAUGGGACUAAAGUGAUUCAACAUAUUGACAAAACCCAGAUUGGAACAUUAAUUUUGACUAAGGAAGUGGGUUCAAAUAAAACAAAGGAUGUCACUGAGCAUUACAAAUUUCAAGAAGGCACAGAAGAAGAAAGACUAGCCCUGGACACUGCUUUAAUGUAUGGUGUUAAAAAAUCUGUAGCCGAGGACAUCUCAUCCAAUACGGAGGUUGACAUGAAUGUUGUGAUCGAAGAUUCAGUUCUUGGCAGUGAUUUCAAUGUCACAAUUACUUUCCAAAACAAAACCUCAAGACCCUACACUGUAACAGCUUAUAUUUCUGGCAAUGUUGUAUUUUAUACUGGAGUCCCAAAGACUGAAUUCAAGAAUGACAGUUUUGAUGUGACCCUAGAACCCAUGAAAGCUGAAACUCUUGAGGUGCUCAUCGAGUCAAGCGAGUACAUGAGCCAGUUGCUGGAACAAGCUUCCCUACAUUUCUUCGUCACGGCCCGUGUCAAUGAACUACAGAAGAUCCUGGCCCGGCAGAAGACCGUUUCGCUGAAAAUCCCUCAAUUGCACCUCAAGGUUCCUGGAGAGAAAGUUGUUGGUAAGGAGAUGACAGUAAUAGUGGAGUUCCCCAACCCUCUGAAGCAAAAUCUCACUGAUGUCUGGGUCCGACUUGAUGGCCCCGGUGUGCUAAAACCAGUCUCAAAAUUAUUCAGAGAGGUUCCAAGGAAUUCAACCUUGAUCUGGGAAGAUAAAUAUGUUCCAAAGAAGUCUGGCUUCCGAAAGUUGAUUUCAAGCUUGAAUUGUGAUGCCUUACGACAUGUCUAUGGCGAGGUGGACAUCAAUAUUCAGAGUGCCGAGUAAAGAUCUUCUCCCUUCUUUCUUUUUUUUAAUUCAGUAAUUCCACCUUUCAUUACAGGAAAGUAAAAGAAAGAACUGUACUUUCAAAUGCCAUAAUCCAGAAUUUGCCAAACAAACAUUCUGCGCAUAUGCUUACCAUUUUUUUUAGUUUAUUUUCAGGGCGGUUCCCCCCCUCAAAACGAUGAAAGGUUAAGUUCAUAUAAACAUACAUACACAUAUACACAUGUUCAUUUGCCUUUCCUCAGUUAAUUACAUGAGGUACAUAAUCCCCACUUUUGUUACAAACAACACUUUAAAAUCUGUUGAACUAAGGGAUUGUGAUUAAGCACUAAGCCUCACACUCAUGAGAGUUUGAUUGAGAGCAAGAUAGAUGGCCCAGAAGCAAUUUAAGUCAAAAUCUCCUACUUCCUGAUACAACACUGUUUGUACCAUCAUACCAAAUUACACACCAACAUUGCAAGUUUACUUACACUGAAUUUCUUUGCCCAUUCAUGUCUUUGCUGAGAUUUAACACUAGACUGUUUCUUCUUUCGUCCCAAAGUGUCAUAAGCAUCACUAAAAGAGAAUAACUGAGCAGAAUAAAAACAGAAUUAUUUCAACAAACAGCAGAAAAUUACUCAAUAUGAAUUAGUUCCAGUGAUAAUGUCCCCAACUAAUAAGAAUGUAUGAUGUUACAUAUUAAAAUCAGGACAAUUUUAAAAUAUUUCAGCUUCUGGAGCAUUCUGAAUUCUAGUUUUAAUUGAAAUUUGAUAUCCCAUAGAUAUUUUGGGAAAAAAAAGAAAAAAUCAGGACAAUAAAAUGUUCCCUUUGUUGUCCUUUAUUCCUUUGAUGUGUGCAAAGUGAGAGUUUGAUUCUGAAAACAUAAGUUGAAUUUUUACCUUCUCGCCCCCCCACUUUCAUAAUAACUAAAUUCUUAUCAGCAUUUUGAGCACUGCCGAGGCCUAAUGUGCAGAAGCCAUCUUGUUUUUCAUGGCGAAGAGUUAAAGAAGUCAUGAGAUAUACUUUCGCACUUCUGUUAGCAAGUCAUAGAUCCAGAGGGCAUCUUUGAGAUUUCGCUGAGAAACACAGCUGCAGCUAUGUCUGAAGUGGGUGAGAGCAAAAUCAGAACAAUGGUGGAUGAUAUGCUGUGACGCUAGCUCUGCCCCUUUUGAAUGGGCAUGCAGUCUCAGGGUGGAUUUUGAACCUCCUCACAGCAGUCAGUGCAGCUGCUUAGAUACAUUCCUUUAUGUGGCUUGCCAGCAAUUUCAGUUACAAAUAUUAAUCUGAUCUAUCAGGGUAACCAAAGUAUUCUGACUUAGGUGAUAUCAAAUUGUGGCUCACUACUGCCAUUAAAUAUAUACAAAUUAAUGAAUUGAACUUGCUAGAAUAUCAAUUGGCUGUGAUUACUGAUUGCUAGCAGAGGCAUCUAGGAUGAUAUAUAAGAAGAAUAAAAAGACAUCCCACCCUUAAAGACUACCCCUUGCAUGGCUCUGUGCCUACUUCACAUCUGUGUUUUGGUAGAGAGAUUGCAAAGGGUUAAAUCCAACACUGGGACAUCGAUCCACAAGCUGCAAUCCUUUAUCGGCAAGAUAAAGGCAAGAUAGCCGUGCUGUAUUAUUAAACAAAUGUUGGGAAACCUGCUCCAGAUUUUUAAAAUCAUAGGAAUUUACUUUCUUGAAACUUACAAGGUGGCACUAACCUAGCCAACUCUGUUCUCAAAGAGCUAAGCAGAACCAUGGUUAGUAUUUGGAUGGGAAGCUACUAGAACAACUCAGAAGAUGACAACAAAUAAAUAAAUUCUGUACUGUUUCCAACUCUGUAAGAGGGCAGCAGUGUAAGUCCAUGCAGGCAGUCCUCGAUUCGUGAUCAUA